CACUGGGACUCCACUGGGACUCAAGGCUUCGACACACUAUGAAGGCACACGGCCCAGCCUCUGAGGGUCUCUGCUGAGAGCCAUGGAUCUGUGUUCUCGGAGGAAGAGGGUCGGUCUGCUGAAGCCGCUCCUGAGCCUGUCCCUCGUCUUUGCGUCUUUCCUCAUGAUCCACAGGCUGAAGCUGGCCGAGAAGGACGGGAUGGGAGUGAAGCAUGUGAGGGAGAACAGCUGGUGCGGCUCCAGAUGUUCUCCCCUCCAGAAGGAGCCGGUGAGGAGCGGUGUGGGGACCUCCGAGCCUCCGCUGCUGGAUGCGCAGCGCGUCUCCAACAUGACUCCAUCCUCCUGGGACGAGCAGGUCCUCAACUGCAGCGAGAACACGCAGGUGAGGAGCCAGGACUGGUUCCGACGCCUGGACCCCAGGUUCCACCAGUUCGUCCUGCACAGACACUGCAGGUACUUCCCCAUGCUCAUCAACCACCCGGAGAAGUGCGCGCAUGGAGAGGUCCAUCUCCUGGUGGUGGUGAAGUCCGUCAUCGAGCAGCACGACCGGCGGGAGGCCGUGCGUAAAACCUGGGGCACCGAGAGCACCGAGGACGGGAAGAGGGUCAGAACUUUGUUCCUUCUGGGGAGCCCGACCACCGGCAAGGACACCAAGAACCUCCAGAAGCUGCUGGAGUACGAGGACCGGGUCUAUGGAGACAUCCUGCAGUGGGACUUCAUGGACACCUUCUUCAACCUGACCCUGAAGGAGGUCAACUUCCUCAAAUGGUUCGACAUCUACUGCCCCGGGGUGCAGUUCAUCUUCAAAGGGGACGACGACGUGUUCGUGAACACGGGCAACCUGCUGCAGCUCAUCGGCUUCAAGGUGGAGGAGGGCAAAGACGCCGAGCUGUUCGUGGGGGACACCAUCUCCAAGGCCAUCCCCAUCCGGAACCGGCAGAGCAAGUACUACAUCCCCAAAGAGCUGUACGACAAGCCGUACCCCCCGUACGCCGGAGGAGGAGGGUUCCUCAUGUCCUCCCAGCUGGCCAGGAGGCUCUUCGUGGCCUCGGAGGACCUGGAGUUGUACCCCAUCGACGACGUGUUUUUGGGGAUGUGCCUGCAGAAGCUCCGCCUGGCCCCGGAGAUACACCCGGGCUUCAGGACCUUCGGCAUCACCAGACGCAAGGUGAGCCCCAUGAACAGCGAGCCCUGCUUCUACAGGAGCCUCAUCGUGGUGCACAAGCUGAGCGCGCAGGAGCUGCUGAGGAUGUGGAGCGUGGUGCACGACGACCAGCUGGUGUGCGCGCAGAGGAAGGCCUUGUGAGGGUCAGCCAGCACAAGGUGGUGCCUGUGUUGACUGAAUUAUGAACUGCAAGAAGUUCACCAGAGCUUGAACACACAGAAGACUGGAGAACAGAAGACAUGUGAUCUGUGUGUCAGGUCCAGAAGGCCGCAAACUCCUCUGAACAGGUUGAGGGGUUCAUCUCCACCUGUCCCACUACUUUUGAUUGUUCUUCCAUUAUGUGAAACCACUACCACACAACUCCACAUUCCAGGAAGGUUUCUGAUUCUCGGUGCCAUUUCAGGUUCACCCCUCUGCCAUCUCACUCUGAGUCCCAAUGUUGAUGUAGAGAGGUGGUUGUAAAGGGGUUUAGUGCGUGUUUGUGCAGGCAUAAAUUAGACUGGACUUGUUACAUCCAGGUGUUCCUCUAAAACAGCUGAUUUUUUUUUAUAAUUUUCCAUAUCUGAUUUUCAGGAUUUCAGCGUGACAUCAUGGCAUGAACAACUGCAUUCAUAGUUGAGUGAUUUUUUUUUUUUUUUUCUUCCGUAGGGUGUUGAAAUUGUACAAAAUUAAAUGAUUUGAUUGUUUUAAGUUAAUAUAUUGCAAGUGUCAAUUCAUGUGUGUACGAUUUUCACAGGCAGGCCGAAAACCAAAGAAGCUAAAGGGCUGUAAUUCUGCAGAGUCAUGUGUGAUCAUGUAAAUAAAACUGUCAACUUUGUAAAUGCAGAAUUAAUGUUGCAGCAUUUGAUUUAUAUUCACAUGUGAACAGCUGGAGAAAGAUUGUAAAAAGAUGUAAAAGCAUCAAAAAGCAUUCUGUCAAGUGAAACCAUAAGUCCAGCUUAAUGUAGCUUUAUUUAAACAAAUACAGAUACUUUUUGCCAUUUGAUGCCAUAAUUAUUCAGAAAAUACUGACUACUAUGCACAUAAAAAAAAAGGAAAAAUAUCCACUGUUGCAAUCUGCCUCAAUACAGAAACAUUAAAGCCAAUGUGAUGGAUUGGGUAGUUAAAACCAAAUAUACUCUCUUAUACAUCACCUACAUUUAAGUUGUAUCCUACUAAUAUAACAAUUUGCAAAAUAAUGUUCAAAACAUCCGUUUUACGGAUGUUUCUGUUUUAGUUCCUCUUGGCCGUUGAUGAAUAUACAUCACAUUCAACAUCGUGAUAACACUGUGCAGUACAAUAGAAGUAGUACAAGCAUUAAAUAUAAAUCUAUAAAUUAUUGUCAGAGUUCUUAAACUCUCAGUGUGUGGUUAACGUCUGUUUAAAGAGGCUGCAGUGCUUCAAACUGUCAUAUUCAGCAGAAAUCAAGUUGAAGGAAAAACAGGUGCUCCAGAAAUUCUACUGUAUACAAUGCAUUCAUCUCCUUUGUGUGUGUUUUUAUUCAAUGAAAAUAAUUCUGUUAAGUUAAACGAUCUACUCUGUCUCUCUCACUGGACUAGUGGACUAUAUAAAACUGUGCUAUCUAGUCAAGAUUGUCAGUAGGCAAUAAGCAGGGAAAUAAAUAAAGUUCAUACUGUACUGAAAAUUCAGCUUAAUCCAUUUGGCAAAGUGCUACUUCAUUCCUUCUAUAUAAUUUAUUCACGACAAGAAAUGAAAGGAGAAAUGUAAACAGAUGGCGACGUGUGAAGCGGAGAGUAAAGGUUCACUGACGUUGUCAAAAGCUUGAGGAUGCUGGAGUGUUGCCAAGGGAGGAAGGUUUCCUUCUACAGAGAGAGGAGUGUUUAGAAGUACCAGUGGUCCUCUGGUAAAAUGUAGUGACUGAAUACAUAUUUAAUGGUAUUACACUGGUUAUAUCCUGGGUUUUGAGUUUGUGAUCUAAAUCUCUUUUUAAAUACAAUGCUGAAAAUCAAUUUUUCCCAUUUAAAACAUUUAGAAUAAAACGUAUAGGUGCGUUGGAUAGCUUGUGUUAAUUGGUUAGUUUACUAGCUUUGCCCAGUUGAAUGAAAUGACCCUGAUGAUGUCAUAGUGAGGUCAUCUGGGUUAGCUCAGCUGGGGCUUCAGAGAAAGCCUGUAUAGCAAACUGAGGGUGUGGAGUUUGUAAGACAGACAGAUUCUAAGGAGAGGAUGACAUUAUUGCCAUUCGUUUUUAAAUCUCUUGUGAGUCACCAAAACUUAAACAGGUACAGUGGGUAGGAUUUAGUGGCAGAGGUUGAUUUUACACAAAACAGAGAAACAUAGUGAUGAAUAUUAUAUUUAAUUUCUGCUAAUAGAUCCCUCUAAAUCCUACACACUGUGCCUUUAAUGGAAGUAAAAUACCAAAUCAACCGUCGACUCUUAGAAGCUGCUCACACCCCCCACCAUUGUGGCUCCAAAUGACAGUGAGCACUUUGAAAAAUAAGAGCCUCAAAACAGAGACGUCCUGUAAGGGGAUAUCAGCAAACAGCACACGGUGUGCACAUGUCUUCUGGCCCCGCAGGUGUAUGACACAUGAGGCUGGUGGACAUGUAGACAAAAGAGGCAAGAGAUAUAAGAUCGUGGAGUCCAGCUGUGGCUUCUCUGUGAAGAUGUUCUGUCACUGACCACAACAGGACUAGAAACUUAAAGAGUUAAUAUGGCAAAUCAACAGUGUCUCACUAAGUGGAUACAACACCAUGCUGUAAUGUGUGUAGUUUGUGCUGAUAAGAUGUGGGUAUUCCCUUAAAAUUCACUCUUAAAAAGAAGUGAAACCUAUCGGAUGUCUUUUCUAAAAGUGCUGAUAUGCAGGACCAUGGUACCAGGUAAUGUGGGAGUGUUUGUUGCUGCU